AUGACAUCCAAUAUCCUACAAUUCCCAUUCCGCCGGUCCCACACCGUCUCGCUAUCCGAUGCGAUCACCCAGUAUAUCUCGUCCAAAUAUGACCAGCGCCCAGAUAUGUUCGCGGACGAUCUGAUGAUCAUCGAUCGUCUGCGGAGCGAGGCUGUUAAUGUUCAGGAACCGCAUAUUAGUGGGAUUAGUCGGUUGGUCACGUAUGCGGCGCAGUUGAAGUGGCUUGGUGGGAAAUUUCCAAUUGAUGUCGGGGUGGACUUUUCGUGGUAUCCUGCUUUGGGGUUUAAUUCUGCGCGACCUGUAUCCCAAAAUAACCUCCGUUUUGAGCUGGCGAAUAUCCUCUUCAAUCUUGCCGCUCUAUACUCACAACUCGCAUACGCGCUGAACCGGACAACUUCGGAUGGUCUCAAGCAGGCAUGUAACUAUCUCUGCCAAGCAGCCGGAGUCCUGGCCCACCUUCGAACAGACAUAAUCCCCGAUCUUCGCUCCUCCCCGCCAGAGGAUAUGGACGAGAUGACAUUGCAGAGUCUGGAGCAGCUCCUGCUAGCACAGGGUCAGGAGUGCUUCUGGCAAAAGGCUGUUAAGGAUGGACUAAAGGAUGCCUCGAUUGCUCGGCUUGCGGCAAAGGUUUCCGACUUUUAUGCUGAUGCGGGUGACUUUGCCGUCAAGUCCAACGCUAUCAGCACGGAGUGGAUUCACCACAUGUCGGCUAAACACCAUCACUUUGCUGCCGCGGCACAGUACCGGCAAUCGCUGGACUGCUUGGAGAAGCGCAAGUACGGAGAAGAGGUUGCGCGGCUCCGCGAUAGCUUGAACUGCGUUAAUGAGGGUCUGAAGGAGUCGCGGUGGAUUAACAAAACAGUGAUCGGCGAUUUGAACGGGUUGAAGAGCCGUGUUGCGGAUGAUUUGAAACGCUCCGAGAAAGAUAAUGAUAUUAUAUAUCUAAGUCCCGUGCCGCCAAAGUCCGAGCUCAAAAGUCUAGAUCGGGCCUGCAUGGUGGCUUCCAAGGCGCCGUCGCAGGUGACCGAUGCGAUUUCUAUGCUUGGGGAUAACGGGCCAUUGGGUCAGCCGCUGUUUUCGAAGUUGGUGCCGUAUGCCGUGCAUAUUGCGGCUAGCAUCUACUCGGAUCGCAGAGACAGACUGGUCAACGAGACCCUUAUUGGGGAACUAGAGUCUAUGACUGACAAGUUGAGAGAUCUGCUGUCAUCGCUCAACCUUCCAGGCUCGCUACAGGCUCUGGAAAAGCCUCUCGGUGUUCCAGGGACUGUAGUCUCUCACGCAGAGGAGAUGCGACAACAAGAUGGAUUGAACCGCUUGCGCCGGUCAGUCGAAGACACGGCCAAGGUCAAGUCCAACGACCGAUCUAUAUACAACGAAGGCGUCGAGCUACUAGCAGCUGAAAAGGCAGAGGAUAAUGCGGCACGACGAAAGUAUGGCACCGAUCGAUGGGCGCGCGAGACCUCCGAGGCUGCUGCGCCAAAGAUCUACAACACGUUGAAGGAAAUCAACGGCUAUUUCACCUCCGCUCAGAGCAGUGACGAUUUGGUUGAGCGUAAGCUGCGUGAUUCAGAGGCCGUGUUCCGUGUCUUGACGGGAACGAAUCGGGAUCUCGAGUCUUUCGUGCCCAGCAGUCGUAGGGCUACUAUUCCACCGGAGGUAGAGCGGGAGGCUAUCAAGUUGCGAAGCUGCUUGAGUGAGGUCAAUCGGAUGGAGAACCGUCGACGCCGGCGAAUCCAGACACUGAAGGAUAAAGCCCGGGCAGAUGAUAUCCACCCCGCUCUGCUGAAGGAGACCGCGCGGUUAGAACGCGAGUUCCCGAUGCAAGCCAUCCAAGCGAGCCAAUUCGAGGAUCUCUUCGAAGAGAGUCUACGACUGUACGAUUCCGACAAUGAUAUGCUCGCACAGGAAAGACGAGACCAGGAGCAGAUCUCUGAGCAGGUCCGCGAAGCCAAUCAUUCUUUCACCCGAGCACACAAGGGAGACACCUCCAACAAGGAGCGUGAAACCGCCUUGCAAGAGCUGGAAAACGGAUACCUGAAGUACAAGGAGAUCAUUUCAAACCUUGAGGUCGGCCGCAAGUUCUACAACGACCUCGCGAAAAUCGUCAGCAGAUUCCGCGACGAUGCAAAAGCCUUCGUGCAUCAGCGUCGUAUGGAGACGAGUCAAUUGGAAGCAGAUAUUUCCAACGUAACCGCCAUGUCCUCGCUGCGCCUCUCUCAGCCUCACCUACACCAGACAUCCCCCCAGCCAACCCGCACCCACCAUCAGCCUUCUACCUACUCAGGCGUACCGCCAGUCCAGGCACCGGCACAGGUACCCGCUCAAACAGCCCCUCAACCCCCGGCGGCUCCGGCUCCAGUCCCUGUACAGAUGCAUUCCCAGCGGCCCUCAGCAACUGCCGCACCCCUGACCGCGCCGCAACCAGUACGCGCCGCGGUUGCUCCACCCUCGGUGCCGAUGCCGGGCAUGUGGUCGCCUGAGAUGGGGAUUCGAUUUGACUCCGCUGGUGUGCCGCCCGGUGCGAAUGCUGGACCUACGACGGCCGCGGGGAGGGGACAGACUGGGACGUGGGAUCCUAGUCAGGGUGUGCGGUUUUCGUAG